GGCUCACCCAGCACAGCCUGCGGAGCAUUAGCGCGUGAACAAAGCACCGGAUUGAGGCCCGCUGCGCCUCCCUGAUGGUGGGCUUUCCGGCGCGGUGGAGUGGGACAAAAGAACCUCCGUGCCCUCCGGGGGCUGAGCCUCCAGGCCUGAGCCCGCUUUCAUUCUUUUAUUUUUGAGUAGCCAAUACCCACAGGAAGAUACUCAGGCCGUGCAGAAGCAGACGCAGGGUCCAUCAGCACCCUGAUUUCCUGAGGAAACUUGCAGAGGCUGUCUGGGCACAGAAAAGGUCAGGGGACCGCGGACCCUUAUUCUUAUGGAUGGCAACCUGCUGCCCAGUGUCAUGGGCCGUGCUGCUUUCACUUCGCCAUCUGUCCUGGAAGAUGGUCUGUGUUGGAACAUCCAGACUUACCUGGCUCUUUUUGUCCACCGUCGCCUUUUAUUGCAAGGAUGUCACAUCCAUUAGCCAGAUCCCGGCACCGACAGACGUGCGGGCUGUUCCUAAUACUUGGCCAUAGCCAGGAGCUGCCAGGGCCGCCUGGGUACUGUGGCGAGUGGCUGAGCAAGUUCGGCUACCUGCCCCCAGUGGACCCCACGACAGGGCAGCUGCAGACACAGGAGGAGCUGUCCAAGGCCAUUGCCGCCAUGCAGCGGUUUGGAGGCCUGGAGGCCACUGGCAUCCUGGAUGAGGCCACCCUGGCACUGAUGAAAACCCCGCGCUGUUCCCUCCCUGACCUCCCAGCGGCGGCCCCGGCUCGAAGGAGGCGCCAGGCUCCAGCCCCGACCAAGUGGAACAAAAGAAACCUGUCGUGGAGGGUCCGCACAUUCCCGCGGGACUCGCCCCUGGGCCGCGACACGGUGCGGGCGCUCAUGCACUACGCGCUCAAAGUCUGGAGCGACAUCACGCCCCUGAACUUCCACGAGGUGGCGGGCAGCGCCGCCGACAUCCAGAUCGACUUCUCCAAGGCCGACCACAACGCGUUACCCUUCGACGGCCCGGGCGGCACGGUGGCCCAUGCCUUCUUCCCGGGGGACCACCACACCGCAGGGGACACCCACUUCGACGAUGACGAGGCCUGGACGUUCCGCUCCUCGGAUGCCCACGGUGUGGACCUGUUCGCGGUGGCUGUCCACGAGUUCGGCCACGCUAUCGGGCUGGGCCACGUGGCGGCCACGCGCUCCAUCAUGCAGCCAUACUACCAGGGCCCGGUGGGCGACCCGCUGCGCUACGGGCUCCCCUAUGCGGACAGGGUGCGCAUCUGGCAGCUGUACGGUGUGCGGGAGUCCGUUUCCCCCACGGCACAGCAGGGCACCCCAGAGCCUGAGGAGCCCCCCCUCCUGCCGGAGCCCCCCGACAAUCGGUCCAGCAUCUCGCCCAGGAAGGACGUGCCCCACCGGUGCAGCGGCCACUUCGACGCGGUGGCCCAGAUCCGCGGCGAGGCCUUCUUCUUCAAAGGCAAGUACUUCUGGCGGCUGACCCGGGACCGCCACCUGGUGUCGCUGCAGCCGGCCCAGAUGCACCGCUUCUGGCGGGGCCUGCCGCUGCACCUGGACAGCGUGGAUGCCGUGUAUGAGCGCACCAGUGACCACAAGAUCGUCUUCUUCAAAGGAGACAGAUACUGGGUGUUUAAGGACAAUAACGUAGAGGAAGGAUACCCGCGGCCCAUCUCGGACUUCGGCCUCCCGCCGGGCGGCGUCGAUGCCGCCUUCUCCUGGGCCCACAAUGACAAGACUUAUUUCUUUAAGGACCAGCUGCACUGGCGCUACGAUGAGCACACGCGUCGCAUGGACCCCGGCCACCCCGCCCGGAGCCCCCCGUGGAGGGGCGUGCCCGGCACGCUCGACGACGCCAUGCGCUGGUCCGACGGUGCCUCCUACUGCACCUGCUUACCACGUUAUUGGCGGCAGGACAAAGAGGAGGAGAGAGGGCAGCUCUGGAAACACGACCUGGAGGUCGCUGUCAAGUGCAUUAACAAGAAGAACCUCGCUAAGUCCCAGACUCUGCUGGGGAAGGAAAUCAAGAUCCUCAAGGAAUUGAAGCAUGAAAACAUCGUGGCUUUGUAUGACUUCCAGGCCCGGGUUCCUGGCAGUGAGGCGAGGCGGGUGCAGCCCCCAGCCCUGCUGCGCUCUCCCCCGGGCCCUGACCCCGGUGCUCGGUCCCAGCAGGGGACGCCCUCAGUCUCUGCCGGGUGA